AGUGGCAGUAGCUGCUAAAACGAAAGGGGAAACAGGAAAGGACAAAUUUCCAAAACAAUUUACAAAAGCAACAAAAGGAUUAUCAUGUUGAACGUUGGUGUUGUCAAAUAUUUGUAUGCGCUCCUCAUUUCCAAUUGAUAGCCAACCGGGAAUAAAGAGACUGGGGAUGAAAAACCACAAUAAAAAGGAUUUGAUUUUUAAAUAUGCAGAAACAAGAAAAAAGACGCGAACUGCGUCUGAAACGAUUUUGGCGUUCGCCAAAAACCACUUCAUCCGAAGAUUCAACCGGAUACGAGAGUCCAACACGAGCCAAGAGCUCCUCAAAUGAUGUCCAGCGUUUUAAUCACUUGCACUACACCAGUUUGGCCCAAAGUGCUCCCACGCAUGAUGGCGGAGCGGAUAGCGAAGGUGGCGGUGUCGGCGGCGCUGGCAGUAAAAAUAAAACAUCCUUGGGCAAUGGUGGCUCCUCUUCGCUUAACAAUAAGCCCACAUGUUCAUUGCCAUUACUACAAGUUUGGCCAAGUCAGGACUCGCCACGAGGCGAAGCUGAUGGCCAGUCGUUUAUAUUCCCUGCCAUUGCCGAGACCAGUACGAGCAGCAGCAGUGGGGGCGGCAAUAGCAGCAGCACCACCAGUGGCAACACCACUCUGUUAACCAGCACAUCGGGCAACAGCAGCAACAGCACCGGCAAUCAUUUGACUCUGAACACAGGCGAACGUCGCAACUCACUCUACUGUGAUACUUUGCAUGCCGGCGACUCAGGCAUCGAUUCUGUUCAGGCAUCACCCUCACCCAAUGCAUUGCCUCCGCCACCGGGGGUGACUCUGAUUGGUAUGGCCAAUCCUUCGGCCGAUACGAUAAGUUCCUGCAAUGUUUCACCUGCCACCACGCCCACGCAAGGAUCGCCCAACCCCUCGUUGCGCGGCAAUCGUAUGGGUGCGAGGGCCAGCAUUAGCGUGGGCGCGCCAAACUAUCGCCGCAAAUCCAGUGCCCUACUGCAUCCCGAUCAUGCCCGGCUGUUUGCGUUGCGCAUGAAACAUGCCGCCGCCUUGGAGAGGGCCCAAACUUCACCCGAUCAAACAUCCAUUGAGGAUGCGACUGAGUUUCACGACAAUGGUCUGGCAACGAAUUUGCGCCUCUGUUCUGCCUCGUCAUCGACGACCUCGUCGCUAACCUCCGUGGCUGCGGUAAGCCUAGGCGGGGGAGUAUCCUCCUCUGCUGCUGCAGCAGCACUGGCUGCUGCCGCCGGUGCGGGGGCCCAGCAGCGAGUCUCCGAUCCGUGGCUACAGCCGCAAUCAGAUCGAGAACGUGAUUCACGGCACGAGCGUCGGCGAUCAUCGACCGUGACGCGUUACUCGCUCUUCGAUGCCCUCGAUCUGGAGUAUGCCUUGCUGCGUGCUGCGGCGCGCGGUUCCGUCGGCCCCUAUUCGUUGAGUGAAUCGAUACACAAACUGACCUUUACGCAAUCACUGGCGUUUCCAGCGCUGGCACGCGGUUUGGCUUCCAAACGUCGACGCUCGGCCACACGGAUGAGUUCGCGUCCCCUGAAUCCCAAUGAAUCCGGUUUAAAUACCUGCGCCAAAGUGGUAACCGCCGUGAUAUUAGUGGCAAUCUCUUUUAUGGUCUUUCUCAUAGUGUAUAAAUUUGUACGGACGUGAGGAUUACUCCUGGCCCCGACAGAUUUUCCCGUCACAUAUCAAAAUGCCUAUUCGCUGAGCUCUUCAUCUGCGUCGGCGUCAGCAACGACUUCACUAACGGGAAUAAACAAUAGCAGUGCAUUGAAACCAUUGUCGGGGUUCAGGAGAGUGUUGGGUAUCAAAGAAAGAGAUUGAAACAAAACGAAAAAGGAAAAAAGAAGAAGACAUAAAAGAAAAAGUGCACAAAUUGAAAACCAAAAAAUAAGAAAAUACAACAUAAAAACAUAUUCAAAUGUGAUACAAUUUAAAUUACAAAACCAAAUUCAAAUACAAAUUGAAUAAUUUAAAAAAAAAAAAUUAAUUAAAUCUAAUUCUAAAUGCAAAAUCAAUAAUAAUUGGAAUGUGUUAACAUUUAUAUUUAUACAUACAAAACAUAUUAAAAAUUAAAUAAAUCUUAUGCAACAACAAUAAUAACAACUAAAACAACAUAUGCAUAUAAUCAACCAAAAGAAACUGACAAUUUAAACAUAUCUUUACAAACUACAAUGCAACUACAACAAUCCCUAGAAAUGGAACAAAAAUUCUGCAACUACAGCCCUAUAACAAAUAACUUGACUUCUCUGCCUCCUUCUUCUUCUUCUACUCUGACUUUCACUUGCUCCUCUCCGUUUAUUUCCCUCUUCAAGUAAGCCAAACAAUAUGCUCUUCUCUUUACUUUACUUUCUCUCUUUCUCUCUAUUAUGUGUUUGCUUCUCUUUUUAGCAUUUAGUCAAGUAGUAUUAAUUAAAAACAAUAUAAAAUAACAACGUAAAUUAAGCUAAGCUAAGUUAAAAGCCUAAGCCAUAAGGAAGAAACAACAAGGUUUCCUUUUUAGAGAAAACAAAAAUUAACCCAAAAAGAAUAACUAAAAAAAAAACAAAAACAACAAUUUUUUAUGAGAAAUGCUCAAUUUUUAAGGAAAUCCCUGCUCUUUGUGAAUUAUUUAUAAGAAUCUGCUAAGCUAGCGCUUGAUAAAUGCAACUCAGCUAGAAAUAACCCAAUUCCUUUGCCAGCCAUUUGCAACGAGAAAAGGAUACCCCCUCACAAGACAAACCAUUUCCCAGCAAUGCUAGGCAAGACAACUUUUUAUGGCUGUCAGCCAAUCCUCUCUGUUUUCGCAGAAAAACUUGGCAGCCAUGAAACCAAACCAAACCACCCGGGACGAUUCUGCGAAGGCAGCAAAGAAAAUCAAAUUCCUGGGUGGCUGCUUGGUUUGCUUAGCUACGGGUUAUUGUCACCACAAUAAUUCGUUGUCUAUUGUCUGUCUGUUGCUCCGUUUAUAUUUUUCAAAGACGAUAACUUAAUUAAUAAACACUUUUUUUCCUAGAGCGCUUUUCAUCCUCCUCAAGUGCCCGGCCAAUCUCUUCAAUGACACUUAAAUAAUUGCAUUGCUUGUAAUGUUAGUUGCCAAGACAACAACAGCGAUAGCUAUCACAUCAUAAGAAGUGAUAAUAAUAAGCAACUUAAGAAAACUUAUAAAGGAAAACAUAAAAGGAGGUAGGUUAAGAUCUAAUGGGAAAUGAAGAAGGCUGGGAUAUUAGCCCUCAUUAUCAGAAUUUAUUUACUUAAUCCAGAUUUAUUCAACCAAUAGUGAGAUUC